AUGGGAUGCUGGACUAGGGGUCCGAUUAUCGGACGGGGGUCCUCCGCAACGGUUUCUCUAGCCACCACGGCUUCCGGCGAACUCUUGGCCGUGAAGUCCGCUGAUCUUUCUUGCUCAAGCUUGCUGCAAAAAGAGAAAAGCUUGAUUUCUGAACUUUCCUCACCUUACAUAGUUAAAUAUGUAGGCUGUGAUGUUACAACAGAAAAUGAUAAGCCUUUGUACAAUUUGUUGAUGGAGUAUGUUCCCGGUGGCACGCUUUCUGAUCAAAUAAGGAAGCAGGGAGGUCCAUUGGAGGAGUCCAUGAUUCAAGUCUUUGCACAUCAAAUCUUGCAAGGAUUGGAUUACCUUCAUUUGAAUGGAAUUGUUCACUGUGAUAUCAAGGGCCAGAAUGUGUUAAUUGGCAGAGACGGGGCGAAAAUUGGAGAUUUGGGAUGCGCUAGGAUGGUUGAAGAAGGAAAUGGGAUGGCCGGAAAAUCAGUAAUCGCUGGCACACCUAUGUUCAUGGCACCAGAGGUUGCUCGUGGAGAAGAACAAGGAUUUGCUGCUGAUAUAUGGGCUCUGGGGUGCACUAUCAUCGAAGUGGCGACGGGGAAUAAUCCUUGGCCUGAUAUGGAAGACCCUGUUUCUGCUUUGUAUAGAAUUGGUUAUUCAGGGGAUGUGCCAGAAUUUCCAUGGUGGCUUUCAGAUAGUGCUAAGGAGUUCUUGAGCAAGUGCUUGAAAAGAGAUGCAAAGAAAAGAUGGACGGCUCGAGAGCUUCUUCAUCAUCCAUUUUUUCAUGGUGUUGGGGAGGAGAAGGAAGCAGAGUUUGUGAGGAAUUCUCCUACUACUGUGUUGGAUCAAGGCUUUUGGGAUUCCAUGGAGGUAGCUGAAUCUUCUUUGCAGGAUUCUUCCCACAUUGUUUCCUCUUUGGGUUCUCCAGCUGAUAGGAUCAAGAAUUUGAUGGAAAAUUUGUUUUCAUCAAAUGCAAAUUUUCCCAAUUGGUCAGAGGAUGGAGAUUGGGUCACAGUUAGAGGCACCGACUCGCAAGAAAUCCAACCAGUUUCUCAGCAGAAUGAGAAUUCAGAAGUCCAUGAUUCCCAAUUAGCUAUGGAUCCUUUUUUGUACUCAAUUGAUCUUGAAGAAGAGCUCGAGAGCUCAAUUGUGAUUGAUGACUUGUUAAUCAAUUGCUUAGUUGAUGAGAUUAGUAAUGUUGGAAAUGUUAGUGGUGGAUUAAAUCUGACAUUGUCCUGUGAUAAUGUGGAAGAAACUUUCAAUUUUCUAGCUAAAAUUCUUGAUUUUGAUAUGAAUAUAAUGAAAUGUUGGUUUCUCAUUAAUUCCAUACUCUCAGAAGCCCAUGUCUUUUUAUGUCUACUUUACUUCAAAGUUUCAACAUAUUUGAUGCCAUUAACCUUCAAUCAAACUUUAGCAUCUUGA